AUGUGGAGGCAACGCAGUAGGGCCCUAUGGUUACAGGAAGGUGACAAAAACACUAAAUUCUUCCAUGGGAAAGCGGAUCAAAGAAGAAGGGUGAAUAGAAUUAGAAAACUAAAGGAUGAUGAUGGUCGGUGGUGGAUGGGGAGAAUGCAUUAUGAGAGAAUUCUUACCAAGUAUUUCAAAGAUAUUUUCUCGACCUCAAACCCGAGUGGCAUUAUGGAAACAUGUCUCGUUGUGAAAGAUAAACUCAGUUUGGAUAACAAGGAAUGUUGCGGGAGAGAAUUUACGGAGACAAAAGUUGAAGAAGCGCUUUUCCAAAUGCACCCCUUGACAGCCCCUGAACCGGAUGGGCUUUCUAGCCUCUUCUUUCAAAAGUAUUGGCAUGUGGUGGGGGAAGAUGUGAAGAAGAUGGUUCUGGUUGUCCUUAGUGAUAAGCAAGAUCUAGAGGAGAUGAAUAAAACCUUCAUAGUUCUCAUCCCUAAAUUCAAAAACCCAAAGUCUCUUAAAGAGUUUAGACCAAUUAGUUUGUGCAAUGUAGUGAUGAAGAUUGUGUCGAAAUCGAUUGCAAACAUGCCGAAAGCGUUUAUGCCCAAAAUUAUUGAUGAGGAGCAGAGCGCCUUUGUGAAAGGGCAUUUAAUAAUAGACAAUGCUUUAGUAGUGAUGGAGUGA